AUGGGGACGGCGAUUCCGGGCGUGGCGGCGUUGGCUGUGAAUAACUCGGACUCGGAUUCGGGGUCGGGGUCGGGAUCGGGAUCGGAUUCGAACAAUAACAGUACUUGCGAUGACGCUGACUAUAAACUGAAGGAGAAGGCGUUGGAUAAUCAUGAUGUGGCUAUUGGUGUCGGGGUGGGUGUGCCGUUGGGGGUUAUUGCGAUUGCGUCGAUUGCUUGGGCUUUGUAUGAGCGGAGACAGAGACGGAGUGCUGUCCGGGGGGUUGGGGAGAAGGGGGAGGGAGGGGGGUAUAUGGGGUUGAAUGGGGGGAGUUUGAGUGGGAGUAUGAAUAUGGGUGGGAAUGGGAAUAUGGGUGGGAAUGGGAAUAUGGGAGGAAAUAUGGGUAUGGGGGGUAUGCCGCUGGCCGAGUUGAACACUACUCAGGCUAGUACUCAGCGGCCGGUGGAGUUGGAUUCUGAUGCCGUGAUUCUUGUCAUACAGUCUUGUCCUGGAGGAUUGGGCUUUUCGGUGGAGCAUUGCGAGUGGCUCGUUCGUAUCUUCUAA